AUGUCGAACUCCAGCGUGCCACUGGUGGCGAUACUCCUCAUCGUACACUCAAGGCCUGGUCCGAAGCUGGUGUUCCAAUAUCCUGCGAAUCCGGAGGUUCAGACUCCGCUGCACGCUGAAGAUGGUCAGCGUCAUGGGCAUACCACUGGCCUUGGAGUUGACAGCGUGCAGAGAAAUUCUGCUGUGGAAGGGUCGACAGUAGAGAAGGCCACGCGAUCUCAGAGUAUCUCCAAUCCCACAGAUGGCAAGAUUUUUGGCUUGUCGGUGGACACUCUCGAGAGGGUACUAUCUCCCGGCCGUUGGUCGGACAGGAAGAAGUUCGAAGUCUCGUUGAGUGGUUUGACGUUCGUGAGCCAUCCUGUAUAUGCCGACAGAGAAGGCCGCUGGACGAAGAGCCGCCAUGAUAGAAAAGCCUCUCCUGAAGCCUCCAACGAUCGCUCGUCCACCGCAGCGAAUUUCGCCGACCAGAGCACCGCCAGAGAUGGCGAACACGAGGCUACUGCCGAUCUGGACAUCACCAUUACAGAACCUCCAGAGAACAACAUCGAUUUCUCGCAUGUAGCAGAAAGCUUCGAAUCCGGCAAUGCCCUUAGCCUUGGUGUGUCCGAGAACAGUGGCUCCACUACGUCUGCUGUUACUGCGGAGCCUCUGACUGCUUUCCACGUACUCUUCGCUCUCGACAGUUCUGCUCCGUCACAACCCGAUCGGGUGAACGUUUUCUACGAGCAGCUUGCUAAAAAGCUAAGUCAAGCUCUAACGUACUGCCAGAAGCAGUCGAGCUAUGUCGGCAUCGAAAGCCGAAGACUGAUGCAAAUGCAGAGCAGGUUGAAGCAGGAGAAUGCGAGCAAUGGAAUGCUUUGCUCGCGGUCGAUCGAAGGCAGCGAACUGGCUUGGGCACUGUCAGUCAUAUAUGACAGAGUGCGUAACGCGAGCGUUGCAACAUUUCGUUUGAAUGGGAUGGAGAUGUCGCUGCAGAUUCAACAUGUGGAAGAUCACAAUCUCAGCCAGUGUUCUGCAAUAUUGCUACUAGAUGAUCGGGACACCUUAUUGCGCGAGCUCUCAAGCCCAGAACAAUCGCCACUGGCAUAUUUCAUACGCCAUUCUACACCCACCAAGAGUCUUCAGAAGCAAGCAGCUAAGUUGGGGACGCCGGUUCGACAUCUGUUGCAGUUUGCGCAGCAUCUCAUCAAAUGGAAGAACGCUCGCGCUAUCGCACCACUGCAACCUCGCAAUACCUAUGUUGUUCAUCCAGGUACGUCUCUGGACAGCCUGGAAGGGCUUGCCACAGACUACGCCAGCCGAUUCGCAGUCCUGCCAUCCUUGCCGCAGAUGCUCAAAAUCCUCGGUGGUCGCCCAGUGAAAUACGGCCAGCUUAUUCCUUCUCGCGACCAUCGCGCACCGUACAUGGACAUACUUGCCUAUCUGAUAAGACACAAUCUUGUUGAGCGUUUGAGCACGUUUGGCUGGCUUCAAACUCCUGCGCAACUGUCCCGAAGAUGCACAAGCGAUGCGGAACUCAAUGAGAACCAGCGGCCGCCGUCGGUUUCGACUCUCUUGUCGCCCUUGCUUCGACCGCAAGCGGAUGAUGACACAGCCAGCGUCAGCUCUGAGCGUACAGCAGUACCUGUAUUUCCCGGCGGAAAUGGUCGAUUGCCUGCCGCGGCCAAAACGAAGGCGGGUACGGGGCCGAAGUUUCUACCAGAAGCCGCCAGGAUGGUUCGAGAUCCUUCAAACCCGACAGACGAUGAUCUUUCGUACUUGCAGUGCAUCAGAGCCAUGAUCCGCGACGACACUCUGCGGGAGCGUCUGCCUUCGUUGUCUGCAUACUUCGACGGCCAGACCGCUCUGGAGGACAUUGCUGCUCGGGAGGGACUCAAACGAUCCAUGCUCGACUCGUGGCUGGAGAUGCUGGUCGACGACGGGAUACUGGUUACAUUUCGACAUGUAUGA